AAAAUUUCUCUCCUGAUUCCGAUGGUGGCCCGCGCAAGCGCUUCGUUCGUGGACGCCAUGCGGGACGACCCGGCCAAGACUAUCUCGAGCUACGAAACGCUCACCGCGCCAGAAAUCACGUACGUUGUCGAGAAUUGGCAGACAAACCGCGAGAAAAUCUCUCUUGACACUGUGUUACGUGUUUUUCUCUACCAUCUGGACGGCAAGAAAGUGCCCAAGCAGAACAAGCCCCCAACGGGCUCGGGCAAUGACCCCAGCGACCGUGCUUGGGCGGCGAUAGGGGCUUUGCAUUAUCGAUGGUCGGACGACUUUCGGACGUGCCCUGCCCUACGAACACAAUUGUCCACUGCGUGGGUGGGAGUGUUCAAAUGGUGCAACUAUCUAUACACACAACGUGUCGGAUCGGGUCAGAAAACUAUGAUUGAAGCGGCGUCCGCCAUUACAAGGAUCAGCCUGGCCAUUCGGCACCUUCUCUCUGACGGAGAGCUCCAUGCGAAAAUUCGAGCAACAGACGGAAUCAUUACUCUCUGCUCAAGACUUUGCCUGCAUGCGGCAGCGCCUUUGCAGGCAUUCAUCCCGCUGUCCUUCUUGGCGAAGUUUUCAUGGGACGAUUUGGAUGAGAUCGUCGCCAGUGUUGGGUCGGACCAUGAUACCGUUGCCAAAAUCAUUGUCGAGCGACUGAGACGCGUUAUUAACACCACACCAUUUCCGGCGGAUGUGGUCGGCGUCUUCUUGCUCAUUCUUGUCGGCCUGGUCGCCCAUCCACAGCAUUCGCUCACUUUUUUCGUCCUUUUGGACCACAAUGCGAUCUGGGUUGUGACUAGGGCUCUAGACAUGGCAGCAGAGGCUCUCCAGUCGGCAAACGUCUCUGACAGCCGCCUGAGUCUCCUCACUUGUGUGGGCUCUGCGCUAAUAUUCCUUCGCGCCGGAUUGGUCGAACUAGAGCCUCCUAAGCUCGUUUCGCAAUCAAUUGACGCCGGUCUCUUGCACUCUAUCUGCAUCCUCAGUGUAGAGCUCGACAAACCUGAUGUCGCAGCGAGUCUGCGAAACGAUCUACGCGCUAUACUCGGGACUAUUCUUCCUCAAAGCAUGAUGUUCUUGUCAGUUAUCAAGAUUAUGAAGCGAGAGCAUCGAGAUAUCGAUCCUGAUCUAGUCGACCUGACGAUUGGACAGAGCUAUCUCACACGGGAGUGGUACACAUGGAUUUUACUGCUCUUGAACCGGUCUCAGAUAGCCAAGUUGCCGAAGGAGAUCAAAGGUGUUAGACGGAUAGGUUGCGACAACCCGGCGUGCGGGAAGACGGGUCGAAGGAAGGAGCUGCUGCGUUGCUCCGGCUGCUUGUAUGUCUAUUACUGCUCAAAAGCGUGCCAGAAGGCGGCCUGGAAGAACCACAAGCCGAUGUGCCGUCUCAAGAAAGACGCCCAUGCAACCCGAAAUCAAGUCGGCUUCCGCACCCUAUUCACUGAACAAGAUGCGCGGUUUUUGCGGGAGACUGUCAGCACAGAGUCGCACAUCCAUUUCCACCAUCUCAAGAAAUUGGCUCAGCGAACGAAACCAAAUGAACCGGUGGAGAAUCAUGUCAUUGGAAUCGACUAUACGAAUCCAAAGUAUCCCGCCGGGACGUGUUACUUGAAGAAUAUCAAGACGUAUACCUUCCCGCCCGUGGACAAGGAUGCACUUGAUCCCGCGAAUGUGGCCGCCCAAAACGAAGAAAUGAUUAACAUUGUUCGGCGCAAUCCGCGCAGCUACACUUUUAUCGAGGCGGUCUUCAUGCACGGAAAAGACAAGCUAACGCGCAACUUUGUCUUUCGCCCCAACAUAUUUGCCAAUGGCUCCCAGUUCCCAGCCGAGCACCUCGACUGGCAAAACAACCGCUGCGAAAAUAACGCGUCGUCCAUGCCAGAUGUACAGACACAGCUGUUAGAGCUUAUGAUCAAAGGGACCAUGUUUGAGGAGAAUAAACGAUGGGAAAGCGAGAUUGAGGCACCAGAGUUGGAUUGA